ACCGCCAUCUUGUUCUCGCCGAACCGUGUCCGCGUGUACUGUACGAACGAACCGUUGUUACAUAUCCAUGCUUUGUACGAUCGUUGUCGCUCCUCUGAGCUCCGUCAUCGCACGUUCGAAUGUCGUACGUUACGCGACGUCAAGCCCGCAGCGAUAGUAACGUCCCUUCGCGCGACCGCAGGAUGUUGCUUGACUAGAGAAAGCGAUUUCCGUUACGAUCGAGCCGCUAACGCUCCGCCCGAAAACGGACACGGCCAUCGUACGUACAUCCCAUCGUGAGGAAUGUGUUCGCGUUUGCUUCGGCCGACCCGCGGUCGUGUGUUCUGUGCGGGUGAAUUUUGCGCAUUUCUCUUUUAAACGAUUACGCCGGUUGAAUUAUUAUUGAAACCGGAAUUGUAAUUUUGAUUUUCACGAAUUCCGGUUUAAGGAAGAAAUGAUCCAUACGUUUUAUUCGUGAAAGCAAUUGAAGUCUUCUCAUGUACCUAUCUGCAACAAUUUCGGAGAUUGAGCUCAUCAAAAUCGGCAAACGGUCCCAGUGCUCGAUAUUUGGCAUCGAUUGUUAGCAUUGAAAAUAAAGAGUAUUGAUGUACUAUUGCACAUGAUUUAUUUCGCUUCACUCUUUAAGUUGGCGAUAUAAAAAUAUGAAUAUCGGCCCAACAAGUAUUAUUUAAGAUAUGAUUUAUAUAAUUCCUCAUUCGUUUUGGCCAUCUGUAUGUUUGGUACAGUGAAAUCUCUUCUGUUGUUUAAGUGUUACAUGUUUCCUCAAUUUUUCACAUAGAAUAGAAUCGUGACACAUUUUAUCGAAAGCUUAACGAAUAUCUGGAUAACACGAUAAGUAUAUAGUUAUAAAUAAAGCUCAACAAUGCGUGUAAUGGUGCAUCUGGAUAUUUUCCAUCGGUUCGUUUAUUUCUAUACGUAUGACGCUGUAAAUCUUAUCCAAUACUUUUAAUAUCUCAUCAAGAUUUCGUUUUUUUUGCUCCGUUGAGUUACAGCCACCGAGUAAUCUCUGAAAUCUUGAGCCAAUGAAGAUAAACGCCGCCACGUAUGCGUUAUCUUGAGUUUUUAAUCUUCGAUAUCUUAUAUUUGUCAUAAAGAAUGCGAUAGCGGGAGGAAACAUGUUCCUUCUUAAAAUCCGAAAUAAUCAAUUUGCAUAUCUUACAAUAUUAGAAAUAUUGUAUAAAUAUUUAUGAGCAGGUACAAUAUUUACAAUGAACUCGUAAACCUUUACUCUCAUCAAAUAUCUCGUUAUCGCGUAACGCCAUCAUUGCAUUGCGACUAAACUUUAUCAUAAUAUAUAUUAUUGUCGGGAUCGUCUUGCCGUUUAAUACAAAGAAACCCAAUAAAAUCAGCAACGUUGUCCGUCGGUAAUUGAGCGAGUCCAAAUCGAACGUAAAGAAACGGGGGCAUCUGGACGUAUCCUCGCUUGCGACAUUAACGAUCCAAACGAGCGCGAUGCCACGCAACACGCGCCACACGCGCACUGUGUUCUUAAUCCGCGCGUGGGUGUGCGUGGCGCGGUGUCUUAAUUCUUCGCGCGUACAUCCGUUAUCGAGCCACGAGGAGGCAGCGAGCGCGAUUGGCGCUGAGCCGCGCCGCUCAGCGGUUUCGUUGCGAUUAUCUCGGGCCCGGGCUCUCUCGCGAGACGAUUAACGAUAGCACUUAUCGCAUUGUGGACAAAGUUACUUAUUCUUUCUUGCCCGUCUGUGUUUCGCGCGUCCGAAGGUUACGGCGCGGAUGUAACACGCGGAGGCAAGAUAAAUCGGGUGCGUCAGCGUCGAGCGAUAAUGUAAACACGCAGCAGGUUCUGCACUCGUUCUGCACUCGCGUUUUAAAUAGAUGAACAUGAAUCUGACAUGUAUAAGUAUUUUUUGGGAGUGCUCGAAGGAAGGGUGACGAAGUUUGCUGACCGAACUGAUCGCAAUAUCGACUAUUGUCACACAAGUUGGCAGCCAAGUCGGAAUUGAUGCGUGAUAACAAAGUUGCCAUCUAUAUAUUCUAUACCUGUUCAUACUCCAAGAGCUUUGCCUUUGACUUUGUUACAAUUUUUCUUCUAAUGACCCGCGUUACAAUUCUACACGUUAGUAUGUUAUAUGCGUGACAAUGGCGGCGUCUUGCGGUUACUCAGCAGUCGCGAAGGUCACAUGUGGCGACAUCAGACGGUACAAUGAUCACCCAGAGCGGUUAUCGACUGAGAGGGAAUGAAUAAUGAAUAACAAACAUUCCGAGUUUGCGGAAGAUGCGGAGGAGCCAUCCAUUACGUCGUCGGAUCCAAAUGAGCGGAAAUUAGCGCGCCGACUUCGUGUUCAGCAGCGUCUCGAAGCACUAACUAAAAAAAGAGACACCGAAGAUGAAGAAAUUGCGGAGAGGACGCUUACUGAGAACCAGAUACUUGCCAGUUCUGAACUCUUGGCAAGCUUAUUAGCGGAAGGAGACGAAGUGGUAUCUUGCGUGAGACUUGCAAAUGACGCCAGAGAAUUACAGCGACGGAAGGAGGAGCAGGAAAUCAGGAAAGCAUUGUUGAAGACGCUCGAGGAAGACGAUCAGGAAUGCAUGAGAAAGUACAAGGAAAUAAAUGAGAGAUGGUCGAGUAUCCUCGCUUCCAAAGACCCAUUAGAUAUACACGCGGAGAUGGAAUCGCAAAAUGCCAGGUGCAUGGAAAUCAUGGCGAGAAAAGACGCCGUCAUCGCGGAGUUGCAGCAGGAAUUGGAAAAUGCCGACCUUAAGUUCCUCAAUGAUCAGAAAACCCAGAAUGAAGAUAUCGAUUUAUUGGUCGACAGAAUGGACAGUCAGAUAAAUGCCAUGACUAAGGCUUGCCAUCGCGAAUUAUCGCUUAUCGAUAACGCAAUUGAAUCGGAGCGUAAAAUGCUACUAGAAAACAUCAAAGAAAAAUGGGAGGCGUUGUAUAAAAAGUUGCAAGAGGACAAUCUGUCGGGAUUGGACAGGCGGAAAGACAUAAUGCGCGAAUACGAGGAGGAAAUGAAGAAAGUGAUGAUCGAGCAUCAAGAAGAAUUUCGAGCUCAAAAGAUCAGUCUUGAACUUGAGAUACAGAAGCUUCAGCAGGAAGUGCAGAACACGAAAGCACUGUGUUUUAUGAAUAUCGAAAAAUUAGAUUACAGCUACGCCGUGCUCAAACGACGGGAAGACGAAAAUGCUAUAGUAAAAAAUCAACAAAAAAGAAGAAUUAAUAAACUUCAAGAUAUUGUUAACGCUUUGAAGAAAGAAUAUGCGCAAUUGGAAGAGAGCACGAGACUCGAGAUACAAAAAUUAACCGACCAGGUUGUAAAGGCGCACAGAAAUAUUUUGGACUUGAUGGAGAAGUCGAGUCGUUUUGCAGUCAUUAAUGACAAAAAAUAUCUGCAAAUUUGGGACAUGAACGCGAAAAUCGCGAAUCAAUUGCUCGGCAAAAUUUUAAACGCGGACGAAAUCAUGUACGAGCAGGCGCUGCGUCUGGAGUGGAAUCCGCCUGAGAAAGGCUUACUGAAAAAAGAAGACCUGCCCUCUUACCUCAGCACGGUGCACGCUAUAGAAGAAGAAAACAGGAUGGCCGACGAGAGAAGGAUAAUAUGUAAAUCUUACAAACCGGCGAGUACCAUCGAGGGGAUCAAUCUCGAAAGACGAUUAUUGAAUCAUAUUAUAAAGCACAUAGCCGAUCAGUGCGAUUAUCUGAUCGAGAAUAAGUUGCUCGAGUUGCUUUUACCGUACACCACGAACGAUCAGUUGAUCGUACGAUUAGAUAACGUAUUUCAGGCACUAAAAAUUAAUUCUGAGCAAGAGCUCGGUUUUCUACUGAAUUUUUUCCUGCCAUAUGCGUAUUGCUCCACAUGUACUGAGGACGUAAGCGGACCUAUUUCUGACAAAUCUCUUUCUCCUUCGGAAACGAGUAUUGAACAAUCAGACAUCUGCGGGGUUUCUGAGGAAUUCACGGCAGACGAAGCUAAACUGAUCGCCGCUGUGAAAGAGGCAAUCCGUGACGAGAAAUCGUCUACUCCUAGCAAUGACGUGAGCAUCAGUUUGGACAGGUCGCCUCAAAGCUCCCUGACCGAAACAUUGCUCCCUAUUGCGGAAUGUACCUCAACUUCCUUUGCGUCUAUUAGUGAUAUCGCUAAAGAUGAUGAUCGAAUGCAACGGCACUUAUUGUGCGAUAAAGGACACUUGCUUGAAAUUGAGGCUACGUUUGUUACUCGAGCUUUGCGGGAAUUCGUGGAAAGAUAUCAUUUUGUGAGAUUGGAAGAAAUGCCACAGACCUUCCAAGAAAAGCUAACAAAUAGGAAGAAGAUCAUAUCCCGAAAUAUGGCUAUUGAAGAUGUAACGAGUUAUUGGAUGCAAUAUAGCGAGAUUUUCUCAGCGAAGAGGGAACGACUUUGGGAUGGCUUAUUAAUCGGACUCAAAAAGUAUCAUGGGAUAUUAAAAGAACGAGAUCACUUGAACAUUGAAAUGGAGUCUUUACGAAAGCAAAAUGCAGAAUUACGUCGUUUAUUGAAAACAUACAUAGUCCAGCCCGAAUGUAGCGGAUCAUCACGAAGCGAUGAAAAAUCCGUUUGUGAAGUAAUAAAAUAAUUUGGUAAAUAAAUUGCACUUAAUUUUGACGACUUAU